AUGUCUGUUAGCUUAGAGUCUCUUCUGCACCAACCCGUGUGCUGCCACUUGGCACACGGUGAGGAAUACCGCGGCCAACUCGAGGCGCUAGACGGCAGCUUCGAUGUCGUCCUGUCGCGGUGCACGCGGAGCCGCGCCUCGCCAAGGCAGCCGGCCGAGCCCCUUGUCUUUGUGCGCGGCGAGAACAUCAUCUACAUCGGCUUCGACGAGUCAUUCGGGGGCGAAGGCGGGGCCACGUCGUGA